AUGGAAGAAGCUACAAGAUUGUUUGGAAAUUCAAGAAUAAAUGAAAAAGAACUUAUUGAAGAAGAAAUCAUGAAAAAAUCAAUAAAGUUUAUACCAUGGAUUGAACUAAGCAAUAUUUCAAAACUUGACGAAGGUCAUUUUGGAUUAAUAAUCAAAGCCUAUUGGACAAAAUCACAUAAUUAUGUCGUUUGUAAGACAUUAACAAAUAUGAAUGAUAUAAACGACAAAUACUAUGCCGCAUUUAUUCAUGAAUUAACAAUGCAAACUAGAUCAGAUCUUUGUGAAAAUAUUAUUCGAUUUUUGGGAGUCACUAAAGGUGUCAAGGAAGAAAUAAUUUUUGGUACUCCUGAAGAAUAUAUGAACCUGUAUAGCAAAUGCUGGGAUGAUAAUCCACAUGAACGUCCAGACGCUGACUCUGUGUAUGAUGAGUUAUGCAGGUUAUUAGAAAGGAUGAAGAACUUUGAAACCAUGCCAAAUAUUGACACG